AUGAAAAAGAAUUGUAGCUUAAUGUUGAGCGAGGACGUGCAGCAAAAGCGAAACUCGCAUCAGGUGAUUGCACUUUUUAUUGAUGUGAUGCAUGGUGACGUCGUGUUAAAUGACACUGCAUGCCGUUGUGUUGCAGAUGCCAUUGCUGCAGCCUACGAAAUGCCUCUUCGUCAUAUUGUCGGACAAGAUCCCGAACUUAGCGCUCCACUAAGAGGUGCCAUUAACGUUUAUAUGGCCAAACGCGACUUACGCAGUGUGCCUGAAAUUCUUUCCAUGUCGAAAGAUGCUGCCACUCAAUAUACGAUGGUGGCUGAGGCCUUAAGCGUUCAGCCAAUGACGGCUGACUUGGGAAAGGCGAUGUUAGAGGAAGUUCUGUACUUAACUGAACAUGUUGAUCUACAACGCUUCGAACGACUAAAAUCCAUAAUGAACUCCAUUGUAAUUAACCUAAUGCGCCACGCAGCUACGGAGUUUCAGCAGGGGGGAAAUGACGGGACUCAAGCGGUGUUUUGGUUAUCGGUUUUGCGGUUCAUAUCAACACCGGAUUCGGAGGACGGCGUAGAAGGGCAGAAGAAAGAAGAAAAAAGGAACAAAGUUUCAGAGGGAAAGUCGUCACCGGAAGUGAUUGGAACGGAACCUUCCAUACAACCCGCUAUGACGCUCACGGAACAGGAUUUACAAUUGCAGCAGACUCGGUCUUUUCGUGGAAGAAGAACGACAUCCCGUUCAGCUGAGAGAAUAACGCCACCAUCGAAUGCAGAAGGUUCGCCACCACUUAUUGAAACACCGACUCCAUCACGUGGCACGGAGGAAAAAGAGUCACCCGAGUCGGAGGCAUCCGGGUCAGUUCCGCGGAAUAACAAUAACAAUAGCAACAACAACAAUAAUAAUAAUAACAAUAAUAAUAGUAAUACGCCACCAACGGUCGCGUUGGAAACAGAAGGCGUGUGUAGCUCUGUAGAGAUGGAAAAUGAACGACGGAAUGUGCCCGUGAGUAGUGCCGGUUCCCCAUUACAACAGAGGUGCACUUCAGAAGAUAGAUGCAAACCGCUCAUUAGUCGCGACGCAUGCACGAGAACUUAUUUCCUGUGUCCCGAGACGAAACGUUAUAAACCGCUUUGUCUUCGGGGGUUCUUUUCAUAG